CUUUUGGACUUGGUAUUUGGUUCAGUCACUGCGUGAGAAAUAUCAAUGUAUUUAUAUUUAUAUUUACAAUAUCGAUAUUGAUAAAUAAAAAGUGAUAUAUGCAGCACAGCACAGCACACAUCUCAAGCAUAGGAGCAGAGUGGACUGAGUUGUGUUGCGGUUUAUAGGCACAGCAAAACCGAUCUCUCUUUAACGGUUACUUUUGUGUUGUGAGAAAGAAUAAAAAGAAAAGAAAAUAGAGGGAGGACUCUAAUCAGUGACAAGAGUUGGUUCUUCCUUGUUGCUGGAAUGGAUUAUAACAACAAUGACGACGGUGCUAAGGAGCCAUGGGAUUGGCAAAGGGAGGAUUAUAGUCUCCAAAAGACUUCCAAUUUUGAAAUUUCUGAAGAACUGUGGAAUGACGUGCCACAAAAUGAAGAAGAUCUUUCAUACAUGUUUGAUGAUGAAACAACUCCAGUUAAAGCUUGUGGUGAUUUGGCUUAUAAUGUCAAUAUUGUGGAUUCAAAUAGUAUGCAAAAGGAACCAGAGGAAUGUAGAGAGCCUUCUUCUCAAGUCAAGAGGCGACGGAUGCUACAGUUCAAUAGCCGUGAUAGGGAUCAAUCUCUAUCCAAUGAAGAGAUGUCUGCAUCAUAUUUGAAUAAUGGGAAGGAGGAUCCAGUUAAGGAUAUCUUUCCAGAAGUAUCACAAUGGGUCUCGGGGACAUCAGAUUACACAUUAGGAAAUGCAUCCGCAUCUGGUUAUGAGGACCUGGAAUCAACUGAAGGGUGGCUUGCAGAAUACUUUAACGACACUGGGAUGCAAUUCAGUCCUGAUGAUUUGAAUUUUUCAGGGGCAGAUGAUGUUCAGAUUGAUGUUGCUGAGCUUAGUGACAUCACACCAUCAUAUGAACAAAAUGUGGUUCAACAGCAUGUCCCUCGAACCCCGAUAAUCUUCAAAGGUAGAAAAUCUUUUAUAAGGACUCCCACAAAAUUGGCUUCUUCUGUGGCCUAUCCAUUUGCAUUCAUUAAACCGAGUGGUGCCCAUGGAGAUGUAACCCUGAAGGAAAUAAAUCAGCGCAUUCGAACACCACCUCCAUCAAAAUCAAAGCAAAGCUGUGAUGAUCCAUCUGCUUACCCCAAAUCAGCCUUCUCUGGGAAGCCUGUGGUUGGUAAAACGAAAAUCCGCACUGAAGGGGGAAAGGGUAGCAUCACAAUUAUGAGAACUAAAGGUUAAGCGUAAGUGGUUCAGUACUAACUUUUUCUCUUACCCAUUAAAGUGUGGGGUUGACUUCAUUAUCUGUAAUAUAUCUGGCAGAUUAUAGAAGUUGAUACUGCAACUAUUUUUUGUUCUUAUUGACCUGCAUAUAUUACACCACCUUAGCGUUUGUUUCCAGUGGGGUCUAGAUAAUCUUAUAGCUCUUCUUUGGGGUACAUGAUUUUGUUUUGAGCUAAUUUUGUGAUGGGAAUCUUACUAUUUCUUAGAUCCUUAGUCCCCACCACUCCCCAGCUUAGCUUUUGUAAUUGAACCAUACAGAUUAUUUUAGUUUUGUGGCCUUGCUUAUUAUCUCAAGGUCUUGUGUGUCUCUUUUAUUACCAAAGUGUU